AUGCCGAACUACAAGCCUAUACCGCCACAGACUCCUGACCACUACUUCAACUUGGGCUUGCCGCAGUCCGCUACAGCAGCAGAGAUCAAGAAAGCGUUUCGCAAGUUAGCGCUACUACACCAUCCUGACAAGAAAGCGCCCUGUGAGAGCGAGGAUGCCGCCGAGUUCAGACAGGCGCGAGAAGCGUUUGACGUUUUGAAAGACCCUUUCGCCCGAGGCACCUACGAUGUACUGUACUACCAAGUGCGAUGGCAAUGGCUCUCUUACCGCAGCGCUCACGCAGCAUACGAACGACUGGAGAAUGAGGCGCUUGUAAAAGCUGAACAAGAACGAGCGCGCAUACUACAAAAUAUAAGGCGCCAAGAAGAUGAGAGAAAGCGUAGAGCUGAGGUAUUAGUCGAAGAGGCUCGCCGUGAGCGAAUACGACGAGAAAGAGAGGUGCUCUUAGCAGAGCAAUCGCGCAGGGCGGUGCUACACGCUCUACUCGAGCAACGCAGACGAGCAGAAGAGCGCCUGCGCAAAAUACAAGAAGCAGAAGCCCGCUCAGCGAAAGUCGCAGAAGCGGCCCGCAUAGAGCAGGAAGCAAAAGCGAGGGAAAGAAUUGCGAAGCAGGAAGCCGAGACCAAAGCGCAAGAGAAAGAGGAGGAGGAACGCCAGCUCGCAGAAGUGGCACGCAAAGAGCAUGAAGUCAAAGCGAAGGAACUCAUCGCGGAGCGGGAAGCCUAUGAUAAGGCGCGCCGGACCCGAGACGUCUCUCGCUCUCACCCACAGUAUUCAAGUGAUCCUUUCUGCGAUCCAACAAAGUGGAAACAACGCCGCGCCCGCAUAGCACGAACAUGGGCGCGCGAGCUCCACAUCUCCUACGCCAACUCUCUCACGUCUGCUGGUUUGGUUCCCGAUCUCGCAGGGGAGUAUGUAGAGCUUGGCUGGGACUUAAAAGUAUGCUCUCUGGCGUGUGACUUUUGCGACAAGACUGUCAAAUUGUAUGCGUUUGUCUGUCCGCUGGGGGGCGCUGUGGCGUGUGAGGCGUGUAAGAUGGGUUUGUCGUUUUGUACGUCGGACGUGUUGGAUGAGGGUGAGAAGGGUGGCGAGAGCGUCGCAGGGGAAAAGUGGGAGAACGUUGGUGGGAAGAAGGGCAAGAGGAAGGGAAAAGGCAAGAAGUGA